ACAAAGAUAGAGAUUCAACUUUUUGAUGUAUUUAUAUUUGGUGCUCAUAUCAUCAGGGGAUAUGUAACCAACCUGGAUACUGGAAAAAUCCAAGGCGUUUCUUUCGUCACCUCCAAUGGUGAUCUAGCUGGACCAAUAUCAGUACACCGGAAAGCCUUACUCAAUGCUUUGGCAGAUCAAUUGCCGAUUAAUUCAAUCCGUUUCUCUUCCAAGCUCACUGCUAUUGAGACCCAAGAACAUGAAGGUUCAUCCAUUUCCAUUAUUCACAUGGCAGAUGGGACUGUCAUCAAAGCAAAGGUUCUGAUAGGCUGUGAUGGGAUGCACUCAGUGGUGGCACGCUGGUUAGGACUUGCCGAACCGGUAUAUUCGGGUCGAUCCGCGGUUCGUGGCUUGGCUGUGUUUCCUCAAGGCCAUGGACUGGACAACAACGUGCAACAAUAUAUAGGACAAGGAAGAAGGGCUGGUUUUGUUCCCCUCACUGACAAAGAGAUCUAUUGGUUUUUCACUUGCACCUCUCCAGCUAAAGGGGCAGAUAUGGCAGAUGAACCCGAAGUUAUAAAAAGAGAAGUGAUUGAGAAUUAUGCCAAGGACCUUCCUCCUAUAUACCUAGACGUUGUGCAGCACUCGGAUCUUUCGACAUUGACAUGGGCUCCACUAAUGUUCAGGUAUCCAUGGCAUGUAGUAUUUGGGAACUUCUGCAAGCAAAACAUCACGGUGGCUGGCGAUGCCAUGCACCCCAUGACACCUGAUUUAGCCCAAGGAGGUUGCUCAGCAUUAGAAGAUGCAGUGGUUUUAGGCAGACACAUAGGGAAGUCCUUUAUACAAAAUGGACGACUGGUGCCAAAAGAGAUGGCGGUUACAAUUGGAAAAUAUGUGGAAGAAAGAAGGUGGCGCGUUGCUUUGUUGAUCGCAGGUUCAUAUUUAUCAGGAUGGGUGCAGCAGGGACGGUCUGGAUGGGGUAUGAAGUUCUUGAGGGAUGCCAUAUUUUACACGUUCCUUUUCCCUAAAAUCAUUAAAUUUACAAGUUAUGAUUGUGGAAAACUUAAUUUCUAGUGUAUUUCACUGCGGACAAGAAUCAAUAUAAACUAAGUUCCCUCCUUUGGGGAAAGAAAUUAUUGAUGCCCUCCUCCCCAGUUUCCCAAGGAUCGAAAGAGAAACAGGAAUUUAUAAGUAAGAACGGGUCUUUUACCAGACAGGCUACAAAAGGUAACUUUGUGCUCAGGGUAUACUAUUUAGUAGAAUAUUACAAACAUGAUGAUUCUUCUCCUAAAGGCUGAUCUCAAGAGCAGAAUCUGCAUAUCACAAGGGCUAUGAAAGUGAAAUUAUUAUCUGUAUUAAUUUGUACCAACUACUAUUUUGUAUCUCUUUCUUGGUAGAUAUGAGGCCUAUGCGACUCUUGUCGGGUUUAGAGUUAAUAGGUUUAUUUCCUUUUUUAUUUUAUUUUAGCACAUGCAAUUGGAGGAGGGGGUUUUACACAAAUCUUCAUUGGGUGCUUAAAGGUUGUGAACCUCUAUCCACAUGGGUGUAGGUGGAAUAGCCCAACCAAGCAAUACUUAUAUUGGCAUACAAUAAAUAAAGAAAAUGUAUCGAAUGAUAAGUGACAACUAAAA